AUGGACCCGACCAACCUCUUCGACACGCAAUUCGUCGUCAAGCAGAUCGAUCCAGAUGGCAAAAAGUUCGAUCGAGUGUCGCGAAUCAUCGCAUCCUCCGCUUCGCUCGAAAUGACUCUAUCCAUCGACAUUGCAACCGACAUCUGGCCCGUAUCUGAAGGUCAACAGCUCACAUUUCAACUCGCCUCGACACUCAAAAAGGACACUGCUACCGGCGCUUCCAAAACCGACGCAGCCGACGGUGACACACAAGAUGCAGCAGCUCAAGCAGCAGAGCGUGAUGCAUGGAGACUCGAUCAACCCGGAAACGGCGGUAUCGCGGACGAUUUCGACUACAUCAUGUACGGAAAGAUCUACAGAUACGAUGAGAAGGCGGCCGAUGAGGUGACGGUGUACGGGAGCUUUGGGGGGUUGAUGAUGGCGUUGACGGGAAACUUUAGACAUAUGAGCAACAUUACCAUUGGUAGCAAUGUUUAUUUGCUGAUGCGCUGA